AUGGUGGGCUUCAAAACGAAUGACGGAAGAGAGAUCGCCGUUCCAUUCAUAGAAUUGCCGACAAAGCGUGAACUCCCCGACUACUAUGAGGUUGUACAUAAUCCCAUGGACUUUGCGCGCAUCAAGAAGAAAAUAGAUAAGGGCCGGUACUCUACUAUCGAAGAAAUGGGACACGAUGUUAAAUUGUUAUGUGAAAAUGCUAGGGUUUGUUGGCUAAUUCAACACUUUCAACACUUCUACACAUUUAACAGCUUUAUUCACAGAUCGUAUGAAUUUUAG